CAUUCUUUCUCUGUCAUUCAUUCAUUCAAUUAAAAACAUUCGAACCAAGUGUUGUGUUAUUUUUUGUGCACGCAAUCGCAUUAUGGUACUGCAAGUCUUUUGGCUACGAUAAAAAACUCAAAAAUUUACCUACAUUUUCAAAUAAACUCUAAAUCUUGAAUUCCAUUUUGUAUUCCGUGUGGUUUGUUUUUUUUUUACCCGUACAUCGAGUCCGUCAAUGUGUUCAUAUGAUUUCGUUGAUAAUUAAUGAAUUAAUGACAGUGAUCGCUAUUAAAUCUCUUCUCUUUAAUUUCGUUUAAAAUUUAAUUGAAAUUGUGCAUGAGAAACUAGGCGGCAAGAGAUCAUCUCUAACAUAAGAAAAAAAGAAUUCUCAAUGAAAAUGUGUUGGUGGACUGUGCGUUCUUUUUAUUUAUUUAUUUGGUAACGCGAACAAGAACCUUUCGGUGUACACUCUCUUGUGUGUUUUGUGCCUUGUUUAUUUCUUGUUUUUUUUAUUUUAUGCAAACGGGGCUUUGGUAAAGUGGAAAUAUUGAGAAAAAUAAUCCGAAGUGUAUUGAGAGUGGUGGUUCGGAGUAUAAACAAUUUGUCAAUAGUUUCGUUUCGUGGAUAAAUUUGGAUAAUUUUCUCUACGACAGGAUUUUCUCAAGAUCGAGCAUUUAGUGUAUCAAUGCCAAAAAUGAACAUUAGAACGAUCCAUUCGGUCGAUACUGAAUAUUCGGCUGAUUCAGUUGAAUGGUGUCCAACAGAGAAUUGUCGGCAGUAUUUUGUUUGUGGGACGUAUCAGCUCGAGGAUAAUCAGAGUCAGGAAUUGGUGCUACCAACCAGACGUAAAGGUCGCAUUUAUCUGUUUAAGUAUGAUGGUAACACGGAAGAGCUUUCAAAAUUGGAUUCAGUUGAAACUGCGGCGAUAUUAGAUCAGAAAUGGACUGAAGUCGAUGGGAAGCCUGUAGUAGCAGCCGCAAAUGCUUUGGGUGAAAUUAUGUUGUAUGGAUUGGUUGAUGAGAAACUGUCGCUAGUUUCCUCCGUGCAUUUGAAUCCAGACAUCGACAAUCUGCUAACCUUGUCUAUUGACUGGAAUACGAACGAAACGAAUCGCCAAAUGUUGUCCAGUGACUCGAAGGGAAACAUCUCGUUGCUUCAAUUGAAUGAAUCAGAUUUGAGCGUUGUGACACGAUGGAAUGCUCAUUCGUUUGAAGCGUGGACAUGCUGCUUCGAUAAGUGGAACAACCAUAUCGUCUAUUCGGGUGGAGAUGAUACCAGUCUACAUGUCUAUGAUACCCGUAUCAGUACGAAGACAAUGACCAAUAAAACUCACAUGGCAGGAGUGACGUCGCUAUUGAGCUUCGAGAACAGGGAACACAUCUUGGCUACCGGUAGCUAUGAUGAAAACUUGAGGAUCUUCGAUCUGAGAACAUUCAAAAAUCCGCUGUCGAGCAUUGAUCUAAAGGGAGGAAUUUGGCGCAUCAAACCAGAUCCAGUUGUGAAGAAUUUACUACUCUGUGCUUGUAUGUACCACAAUUUCAGUUUCGUCAGCAUUGAUGAUACCAACGAAAAGACUGAACUGGUCGGUGAAUAUUUCGAACAUAAAAGCAUUUGUUAUGGAUCGGAUUGGUGCCGUGAAGUCUUCAACAACGAAAUGAUUAUGGCAACAUGUUCAUUUUACGACCAGAAACUUUGUAUUUGUAGCGUUAAGCAUUGAUGAAUUUACUGUCAAUAAAGGCUUGACACAAAAGAAGUAAAAAAAUAAUUCUG